AUGUCUGAUAUUUCGGAUGACGAUUUCCAGCCUCUUGAGCCUACUCUUAAGAAUGUCCUUGACCAAGAAUCGCUCAACUGGAUUUUUGUAGGUGGCAAGGGUGGUGUUGGCAAAACCACCACAUCGUGUUCAUUGGCCGUUCAACUCGCCAAAGUACGCGAAUCUGUUUUGCUCAUCUCAACCGAUCCUGCUCACAACCUGUCAGAUGCCUUUGGGCAAAAGUUCUCUAAAGAAGCGACCCUUGUCAAUGGCUUUGAAAACUUGUAUGCCAUGGAAAUUGAUCCUACUUCUAGUAUUCAAGAGAUGAUUGAACAAUGCAAGUCAACUGAUCAGGGUAAUGCUAUGGGUGGAAUGGUUCAGGAUCUAGCUUAUGCUAUCCCAGGUGUGGAUGAAGCCAUGGGUUUUGCCGAAGUUAUGAAACAAGUCAAGACCAUGUCUUACUCUGUAGUUGUAUUUGACACUGCCCCAACUGGUCACACCCUUCGAUUCUUGUCUUUCCCUACUGUGCUCGAAAAGGCUCUUGCAAAGAUUAGUAAUCUUAGUGGUAGAUUUGGACCAAUGUUUCAACAGGUGUCUGGUAUGAUGGGUCUGAAUGCAAACCAAGAGGAUAUGUUUUCCAAACUAGAGGAGAUGCGUUCAGUUAUUACUGAAGUCAACAACCAAUUCAAGGAUCCAAACAAGACCACAUUUGUCUGUGUUUGUAUUUCCGAGUUCUUGUCACUGUACGAGACUGAGAGAAUGAUCCAGGAGUUGACAUCUUACCAUAUCGAUACUCACAACAUUGUUGUCAACCAGUUGUUGUUCCCUAAGAAGGGAUCAAACUGUGAGCACUGUAAUGUGCGAUACAAGAUGCAGCAAAAGUACCUUGACCAGAUCUAUGAUCUCUAUGAGGAUUUCCACAUCAUCCGCAUGCCAUUGCUGACAAAGGAAGUCCGUGGAACCGAAGACAUUAAAGAGUUUAGUAAGAUGUUGGUCGAACCCUUCCAACCUCAGGAUCAAUAAUUAUGACCAAAAAACCAAAAAACCAAAAAAAAUGGUAUCUUUCUCACAAUAUACAAAUACACAACAAUACACACAAACGCAUAUAUAUUUUUAUAUAUAAACAAAUAUAUUUACAUACUUGCUUUUUUCUAAAAAAGAUAUAUAUAACAACAACAAUAAUAAUAAAAAUGAAAAUGAAAUUGAAACAAAA